AUGCAAUCAAUAAUAAGAUUAUCAAUUAAAAAUAAAAAUUUAUUUUUAAAAAAUAAAGGUCAAAUUUCAAUUACAAGAAAUUAUUGUAAUGAUCAUAGUGGUAAUCAUGAUCAUUCAAUAUCAUUUGAAAAAUUUAAAGAGAAUAGAGAAUUAAUUAAAAAGAAAUCAGAAUUAAUUAAAGAGAUAACAAAAUCAAGACUUUUAGGACAAUUAGAUACAGUUAAUAAUCUUCAACAACAAGUUUCAUCAAUUGAAAAUGCAUUAGAUCCAAAGAUUGAACAAUUCUCAAUACAAAGUAAAGAACAAAAAGAAGCAGAAUUACAAUUGUGGAAGAGAUUUUUAGAGAAAAAAGGUGUUGUCACUAGAUCACAACUUGCAUCAGUGAAUAAAUUUGAAUUUGAACGUUUUAAAGCCAACGGUCUCUUGGAUGCCGAAGCAGAGAAAUUAAAAAAAGAUAAAGAGAAAGAAUUUGAAUCUAAAAGACCAAUUGAUGAAACCACUGGUAUGAAAAUUCCAAUCCACAAAGUUACACAAACCGAAAAAAUCAGAUAUGACCCAAUUUUGCGUGAUGCAUUCCCAUCACCAUUGGUUGCAGAUCAAAAAGUUGGAGGAAUAGAUGAAGAAAUUGAUCAACUUGAUGAAGAAGAUCAUGAUGAAGAAUUUUCAUUAGAGAAUAAAGAAAGUAAAAUCAAAAUGUUAAUUGAAAAGAUGGAAGAUCAAUCAAACAAAGACCCACAAUUUAAACUCAUGGUUAUGAAUUUCCUCGAUGAUGGUAUUCCAUUAAAAGAUAAAUUAAUAUUUAGAGAUGAUUUUGAAAUUUCAGCAGAAACUUUAAAGUCAUUUUCAAUGGUGAAUGAAGCCGAUGACGACCAACUCGACUCUCAAGUUGAAUUAUCAGAGAAAGAGAAAAAAGUCAUUGGAAUAGCUCAACAAAAGAUUUUAGAUUUACAAAUUAAAGAGAUAGCAAAAGAUUAUAAAUUCAAUUCAUCAUUGGAGCAGAAGAGAUUGGAUAUUCUCUUUAGAAAUAAUACUAUUUUAAGAUAUAAAGCUAAAGAGGCAGGUGCAAUUCAAAAGGAUGGUUCAAUUGAUAUGAAAAAACUUUUACAACAACCACUUGGUAUUGAAGAUUUAACUCGUUAUUCAUUGGAUUUCUCGAGUGAAAACUCUGGUAAUUACAUCUAUCAAGAUGGUCAAUUAUUGAAACAAUUCGAUGAUGGUUUCACCAUGCCAUACGAGAAAUUGUAUGAAGAGGAUGUAAAGAGUCAAAAAAAACUUGAUAAAUUGAAAUCCGCUGCCAACAAGUUGAUUUGCUUUACCAAUGGAAAAGGAUCAGCAAGAGAGGUUGAAGAGAUCUUGGAAGAGUUUUCUCUAUCAGAAAUGGAUGCCUUACAUACUUUCAUUGAUAUGUUUGGUAGUGAUUUAGUUGAAUAUAGUCUUAACUUACCUUCUGAAGGUAAAUAUAUGGACGCAGUCUAUGAAUAUCUUGAAAAUGAAAAGGAGAGGAGAACAAUGAUGUUAGGUGAUUCAUUCCGUGAUCACGUCACUCUUUCACCAAAUGAAGCUGAAGAGUUCCCAACCCAUGAAAUUAUGCUCCCAGAGGAUAGAGUAUUGGUCACCAAAGAGGAUUCACCAAUGGUUAAAGCAUUCAAAGAUAGAGUCAUUCAAGAGGGUCUUUUAAAUGAUUUCCAAACCAAGAUCGAUCUCGUCAAUGAUCAACCACAAUAUGAAUCCCACCUUUUCAUGGAAGAGUACAAAGCUAAACUCUAUGAAAAUGAGAAACAACUCCAAAAAGAUUUACUCGAGACCAGAGAUCCAAUGAUGAUUCGUAAUUUCAUUAAAUACAAAUACGAUCAACAAAAAGAGUUACUCGAUCAAAAGAAGGAACAAGAAUACAACGAUCACACUUCAACUAUGAAUGAAAUCGUUCAAGAGGUUUCUCAAGGUUCCCUAUCAAAUAUCGAUCCACCAAUCUAUCAUCCUGUCACUGGUAAAUUAUUUACACCAAAAAAAAAGAAUCCAAAAUGUCUCCUUUGUCAAAAUCCAAAUUGGCAAGUUGAUCCACUCAAUACUCCUUUCCUUUCCAUCUAUUUAAAUAAAGCCGGUGAUAUGCUUCCAAGACAUUUCAGUGGUAAUUGUUUAAAACAUCAAAAGAAGAUCGUUAAAACCAUUAGACAAGCUAAAUCUUUAGGUAUCUUCUCCUACAAGAAUGGUACUUUCACAAUUUAUAAUCCAAAUGUAUAUAGUCUCACCAAUCAAGAGUUGGAAGAAUACAACAAAUGGUUGAAUGGUACUUACACUAAAGAAGAGUUACAACAAGUCUACGAUGAGUAUGAAGCUAGCAAAGAAUUAAGAUUUAAACCUACUUGGACUGAGGCUGUUGAACUUCCAAAGGGUAAACAACAAGAAAAAGUAUUAAUGGAAUUUGGUAUGGAAAAUAAUGAUCUUAAUAAAGUCUAUGGUAAAGAUAAACAAUAA